AUGGCUUGCCUCAAAACCGCCCUCGGCUGGUUCGAUGAAGCCCUCACAACUUGCCGCACUUCUCGCCUCUCCAUCCAGAUACCAAAGAUGCUCUUCUUCCCGCUCCCAAGCAGCUACGCGGUCGUAGAGAUCGACGUAGAGAAAACACUCCAACCUCUCAACGAUCCCGUCGCCUCCGCCGCCGGCGCGCAAAUCAAGACGACGAAGUGCAUCGUCUACCUAGACAUGGUCCUCCGGCUGCCGCUUCCGCACGACACCCAUUUCAAGUAUAUGGCGUGCCUCAUCGGCCCUGGACUGCGCCCCGCAUACCCCGAGCUCUGCAUCACGCCCGACAUGUGCAUCCCCAUCCUCCCCAACACCCGCCACCCCACCGCCGACCGUGAGGCGCUCCGUUCGGACCCUCCGUUCCCGUUCGGCAACUGUUAUCACUGGUCCGGACCGGACAUGCGGCUGGACAUCCGGGUCGCGAACGACGGGCGGAACUACGGCGUUGGGCCAAGAAUGACAUUGCCCGCGGUCCAGCACGUAAAGAUGGUGGGUAUACAGGACCGAGAUAUGUGGCAGAGCUGCUGCGCCAGGAAGGAACGGGAUGGUAUGGCGCGCGUCACCGGCGUACCUGCACAGGCGGGAGAACGGGACUCUCACCCUCCGCUCGUGGAAAGCAUGCGCUCGUGCACCAUAAGGCAGGCGCAAAGUCCACGCUCAGCUGCAGGAGCUGAGGGCAAGGGCUACGUCGAGGCAAACGAGUACGCGGAACUAGAGGCGUGCCACUACCCCUGCGAGUCUUGCGGGGGUGCCUGUCACGCUGACGAUGACUCCGAGAACAGCGACGAACACUCGUCUCGUUCGUCCAUGGACACGGCCUCGGAUGGGUCUGGUGACUGCGACUGUAGUGACUGCACUGAAUCUCUCGACGACAUGGGCAUCUUUGGUCUUAACGGCGACCCGCAAGACUACCUUUUGCCGAUCGUGAAGGUCUCACUCGACAUCGGUGCGCACUUCAAGGAUGACUCUGACGUCCCGGAUCCGAUGAAGUUCAUGCAGCAGCGCGAUGCUCUGGUCAGGAUCAUCGAGGAGAGCAAACUUCGUGCGAAGCAAUCGCUCGAGGCGACCGAGUCGAACGUUGCCGCCUGA